CAUGCUACGGGUCACGCCAAAAACGACAGUCCCAACAACAAAAAUAAAGAAAACUGCAUAAAGUGCAGCCUUUCGUCUGAUAAUGUCGGACAAACUGGUGUGUAUUGGCUGAACAAUGAUAACAGCGAGGGUGAAGGAGAUGCUGGCCCAGAAUGCGGGGAG